AUGGGAGGGGAGACGAUGAUGAAUGAGCUACCGAGCACAACGUGCCUUUCCUCUGAGCUCUGUGACGCUUUUUCAGAGUAUCUGGAGCGCGCAUACCCACACCCGGGACCCUUCUCAUGGAAUAAGACUGCUCAGGUACUGAGUGCCUUCACUGGCGUCUCUGUUCACUUCAUAACGACCGCACUAGCCAGCUCAGCCGCAUGCGAGACUGCCACCGUAUCCAAAGCUGAGCUGCGCUUGGCUCUCGAGGCACUGAUGCGCAUCGACGGCGAUACCGAUGCGUGGUGGGAGUCCCCAGAUGUUACGAUGGAGUUCACAGGCCCAGUGAACCAAGAGGCGAGGGACGCGGCAGACUCGAGAGCAGAUAUUGGGGUGAAAAGUCUCACCUCGGCGCAUGCCCGCUCGCACCGUCCUUCGCCGCCGAACUCGACAUCGAGGGAGGGGCCGCCUGACAGCGAAAUGGGCGCAGGAUCGAGACAGCCAUCGCUUCGCCCCACACUGAACAGCUGGGGAAGUCGGGGCAGUAGACUCUCAGAUACCUGCUCUCUUCCCGGCGUCUCGUUGCCCCGGCCGCACAACACCGCAGCGUCGAUGGAGUGCGUAGUGGCUGCGGCGAUGGGAGAGCUGGAUAUGUUCAUCGAGGACGAGCAGUGCUCGAUUCAGUUUCACCCAGGCCGUCUGUCGCUUCGCUUUUCCAGCGAAGUGCCGAACGAAGCAGAACGCUUUGGCGCGCUCGCUCAGCAAGGCCGGCGAGUUGGGGAUCGCUCCUGCAGCCCUUCUCCGGCGCACCCAGCAGGCGAACAAGCGGUGCGCCCCUCGUGUCCACCCAUCGCACCCACGUUGACUCUGGCGGAGCUGGACCGUUUCGUGCACCGUGGCAAGACUUCCAAGGUGUGUAAGCAGUUUGUGCAGACAGGCCGCUGUACGUUUGGCGCACGCUGCCUGUAUCACCAUCCCAGUACAGCUGCAAUGACGCCGAACGAGCUACAUGCCGUUCCGCGACACCUGCCUGAGGAUGCGCCGAAGCCAGUUGGCUCUUGCAUAGCCAGUGCUACUGCGCGCGGUGCGAGUUUACAUCGUUCACUGACUGCUCCGAUGCCUGGCAGCUUUUUGAAGGAUGCGCUGUCGAGGUCCGCCUGGCUCUACGUGUUUCCCGUGCCGCCCAUUACGCCGACCUACUUGAGCGAGGAGCAGGUGGAAGCGGCGACUAUGACGGAGCGAGAAAGGGAGGAGAGUUGCAGCACCGUUUCUCCGCCUUCUCUUGCAGGAGCUGCUCCAGCCGCACUGUUGAACUUGACAGUCCGCCCGUCUGGUGUACAGGCUCCGCUGGCGCAUUCCUUGCUGCCCCAGAAGGGGUCCUCAGCGCGUGCGAUGCCGCAGUCGACACCUCCACUACUGCCGGUGUGA